ACUUCCUGUUUGAGGUCAGCGCGGGAGGGGAGGGGGAGCGCGCGGCGAAGCCUCCCCGCGGUCUCGCGCUGCCUGGCGGGGCUCUGUCAGUCAGCAACAAAAUGGCCGCGGUGGCAGCAGCUCUGCUCCUGAGGACGGCGGCGGCGGCCCUGGCGGUAGCGGCGGCGGCGGCAGCGAGGAGGAGCGGGGGAUCGGCCCGGCGGCACUGAGCCUGACACCGCCUGCCUGUGAGCGGACGAGGCGAGAGCGAGCGGGAGAGACGGAGAAAGGCGCUGCGGCCCCCCCUCAACAGCGAGCCCGGCUGACUGACCGACUCUGCCCGAGGAGCUGCUGCAGCCCCCUGGGGAGACGCUGCCGCCUCGGCCCCCCUCGCUCCCCGCUUUUCCCCGGGGGUUCGGGCGCCCGGGUUCCUCCCCCCCGGCUCGGGGCUCCCGCCGCACACCCCCCGCCUGGAGCCUCUGCCGGAUCCCUGCGGAGGAGACGGAGAGAGCCCGCGGGAUCCCUCCCCGCUGCCCCCGGAUCCCCCGUGCGAGCGAGGCACACAGACUGUCGGGUUUCCCCACUCCCCACCGUCUCGUUCCCCCCUCUCCGUGAAAGACUUUGCUGGAUCCUCCUCCUCGGGUCCCCUCCCCGCGCCCGCUCCUUUCUGCGAGAGAGGCCGCCGGAUCCUCCUCCCGCCGGAGAGGCCGCUGGAUCGCUCGGCUGGGGCCCUGCCAGAGAGACGCGGAUCCUCCUCCCGGCAGCGGCUGCUGCGGAUCCUCCGCCCAUCGGAUCUCCCUGGAGCCAGAGACUCGGCGGGAUCCUCCUGCCCGGAGCCCCAUGUGAGACUUUGGAUCCCCCAGUGGCUCCGUGGUAGUUUAUUUUUUUUUUCUUGUUUUUCUUUUUUUUUUUUUUUGAGGGGGGAUCCAUCUUAAAACUGUUUUCUGGGUUCCAAUUUCUCCUUUUUGAUUUGCACUUUUAAAAAAAAAAAAAAACAACAAACAAAAACCCCCUCAGAUGUUCCUCCAUGUGGACUGAGAACCCAUCAAGACACACACACAAGAACUCAUCCCGAUCAACCCCAAAUCUUGUCUGUCGUGGGUUUUGCUGCAACACAUAAAAGCAAACUUGUAUUUAAGACACACUCGUGCAAAAAUUUAGCUGGGGACUUCAAGGUGUAUUUUGUCUUGGUUUCUUGGUUUUUUUUUUUUUUUUUAAUUUUGCUUCACUGGAAGUCAAGAGCUCGUUUUGGAAUUGGACCUGCCUUUGCUGCACUUCUCUGGGCUGGAUAACACUGAAGCUCUUUGCUUUUCUACUUGGAUAGUGUUUUCCUGUUGAUCUCUUGUGUGGUGGUGUUUUUUUUUUUCUUCUCCUGUGUGCAGACUUUUCUUUUUUUUUUUUUUUUUGAGGGGGGUAAACGACAACAACAAAAACUUAAUUUUUUUGGCCGUGUGAGAUUUUUUCGUAUUCAGAAUCGUGAAAUUACGGGUACACUUACAAAAAAAAAAAAAGGCAUUAAAAUAAGAAAGGAACACGUCAGAAAGACCCCUACACAGUAGACAAAAUACUCACUUGUUCCCUUACAGCAAGACUGAAUCGAAAGCUGCCAAAGAGCCCCAUAAAGAAAAGACUAAAAGGGAGAAAGAACAAGAAACACAAGAAGAGGAACAUUUGAUGGAAGAAAAGAAAAAGAAAAAGCAGGAAGAAAAGAAAAAGAAGGAAGGUGCUCAGAAAAAGGCUGCUGAACAAAAAACCAAAGUGCCAGAACCUAUUAAGACCAGUUUAAGCCAGCCCCAACCUGCCGGUACCGGUACCAGUACUUCCACCAGCACUAUUCCCAACAGCAGCAAUGGCAAGCGUGCGUCUGCCAAUGGGCAGCAGGCAGCUGCGUCCCGUUACCUGCCUCGUGAGGUGCCUCCACGCUUCCGCCAGCAAGAACAGAAGCAGCUCCUAAAGCGGGGACAACCACUGCCUACUGGGACGCUGAGCGGCACCAGCCCAGCACCGGCUACUGGCCAAGCAGGGGCGAGUCCUCCUCCGACGCAGCAAGGAGCAGGUGGGCAGCAUCAUCCCAGUAAGACCCAAACAGAUCUCAGCCACAGUGGAUUGGGAGACCAUUAUGAGAAUUCCCACUGGGGACAGCAGCCCGCUUUCAGGAGUGAAGGCAACUGCAGCUGGGAUAAAGUGAUAAUAGACAGGACUGACAAGGAAGCGUGGCCUUCCAUUACCGGAGCUGAGACUGAGUCUGCCUCAGAAUGUACUACAGACACUGACUCUGCCUCCAACUGUGGCUCAGAGAACAGUAGCAUGGCUACAGGGAGUGCCCAAGGCAACUUCACUGGACAUACAAAGAAAACUAAUGGCAAUAAUGGCGCCAACGGAGCACUCGUCCAAAGCACUUCGAACCAGAGUGCCCUUGGAGCUGGUGGAGCCAAUGGUAACGGCAACUCGGCCAGAGUGUGGGGGGUGGCCGGGGGCUCCGGCUCUGGCCUAGCUCACUGCUCUGCCAGCGGUGGGGAUGGAAAGAUGGACAACAUGAUGGGAGAUGGUAGAAGUCAGAACUGCUGGGGUGCUUCCAACUCGAAUGCUGGCAUUAAUCUUAACCUUAACCCUAAUGCCAAUCCAGCUGCCUGGCCUGUACUUGGACAUGAAGGAACUGUGGGAGCAGGCAACCCUUCCAGUAUUUGCAGUCCGGUCAGUGCCAUAGGUCAGAACAUGGGCAACCAGAAUGGGAACCCAACAGGCACCUUAGGUGCUUGGGGAAACUUGCUGCCGCAAGAGAGCACAGAACCACAAACGUCCACUUCUCAGAAUGUGUCUUUCAGCGUACAACCUCAGAACCUUAACACUGAUGGACCAAAUAACACUAACCCCAUGAACUCUUCACCAAACCCUAUCAAUGCAAUGCAGACAAACGGACUGCCGAACUGGGGGAUGGCUGUUGGUAUGGGGGCCAUCAUCCCGCCCCACCUGCAAGGCCUUCCUGGUGCUAACGGAACAUCAGUUUCUCAAGUCAGUGGGGGCAGUGGUGAAGGAAUGGGCAGUUCAGUGUGGGGGAUGUCCCCAGGUAAUCCUGCCACAGGAAACAGCAAUUCUGGGUUCAGUCAGGGGAAUGGAGACACUGUGAACUCAGCAUUAAGUGCUAAACAAAAUGGAUCCAGCAGUGCUGCGCAAAAGGAAGGAAACGGCGCGAGCGCCUGGGACUCGGGGCCUCCUUCUGGUCCCGGGGUGCUCGCGUGGGGCAGGGGCGGUGGCAACAGCAGCGUGGGCAGUAUGCAUUCUGGAGCUUGGGGCCACCCCAACCGUAGCACCAGUAACGGGGUGAAUGGUGAAUGGGGCAAGCCCCCCAACCAGCAUUCCAAUAGCGACAUCAAUGGGAAAGGAUCAACAGGGUGGGAUGGCUCUAGUGUUAGCAGUCCGAAUCCUGCCAUGCAGCAGGGCAACGAACAAAUGAACUCUUGGGCCAAAGCUGCAGCAUCUGGCACCACAGCUAGCGAAGGGAGUAACGACAGCGGCGGGAGUCAAAACGAAGGCAGUACUGGGAGGGAGGGGGCUGGAGAGGGCAGGAGGAGAGACAAAGGGAUGAUAGACCAAGGGCAAAUUCAGUUGCCAAGAAAUGACCUUGACCCCAGGGUCCUGUCCAAUACGGGGUGGGGACAGACCCCUGUAAAGCAAAACACUGCCUGGGAAUUUGAAGAGUCCCCAAGGUCUGAACGCAAGAAUGACAAUGGAACAGAGGCCUGGGGUUGUGCAGCUACUCAAUCUUCAAACUCAGGGGGGAAGAACGAUGGGUCCAUCAUGAACAGUACAAAUACCUCUUCAGUAUCUGGGUGGGUCAACUCUCCACCGGCAGCUGUUCCAACAAAUACAGGUUGGGGAGACAAUAACAACAAAGCACCAAACGGCCCAGGGGGGUGGGGAGAGUCAGCAAGCUCUACUACUGUUAAUAAUGCUGCUGCUGCCAAAAGCGGCCACGCUUGGAGUGGGACCGCAAAUCAGGAGGACAAAUCACCCACCUGGGGUGAACCUCAGAAACCCAAAUCUCAAAACUGGGGAGAUGGACAGAAAUCAAAUCCAAGCUGGACUUCAGGAGGUGGAGACUGGACAGAUUCAUCAUCUGUUCCUGGACACUUGGGUGAUGGGAAGAAGAAUGGAUCUGGAUGGGAUUCUGACAAUAGAUCGGGGUCUGGUUGGAACGAUUCCACAAGGUCUGGGACCAGCGGGUGGGGAAAUGGCACAAACAGCAAGGCUAAUACAGGUACAAGUUGGGGGGAAUCUUUAAAGCCGGGCCCCCAACAAAACUGGGCUAAUAAACCCCAGGACAACAAUGUGAGUAACUGGGGAGGAGCUGCUUCUGUCAAACAGACGGGGUCGGGGUGGGUUGGUGGGCCAGUGCCAGCCAAACAAAAAGAGAACUGUGAGGCAACUGGCUGGGAAGAGCCAUCUCCGCCGUCCAUUCGCCGCAAGAUGGAAAUCGAUGAUGGUACCUCAGCUUGGGGCGACCCAAAUUACAACAACAACAAGACUGUAAACAUGUGGGAUAGAAAUAAUCCUAUAAUUCAGAGCAGUACCACAACCAAUACCACCACCACUAGCACCAUUAUCAACACAAAUAUGGUUGAACCUCAGCCAUCGCACCAGUCAAGUGCCCAGCCGAACCGGUCCCCGCUGCUUGGUCCAGCAGGCUGGGGAGAAAUGCCUACUGUCCACACCAAGACCGAAGCUCCUUGGGGAGAGCCCUCGUCCCCUUCUGCUGCGGUGGAUAACGGCACUUCGGCCUGGGGGAAGCCCCCCAGCAGCGGUACCGGGUGGGGAGAUAAUCCUGCCGAGCCGGCAGGGACGUACGGAAGAACAAACGCUCCAGCUGCUGCCCCAGCACUGUGCAAACCAGCUUCAAAAUCUAUGCAAGAAGGCUGGGGCAGUGGUGGGGAUGAAGUGAAUCUCAGUACUAGUCAGUGGGAAGAUGAAGAAGGAGAUAUGUGGAAUAAUACUGCUUCACAAGAGAGCAGCUCCUCCUGUAAUUCCUGGGGGAACGCCCCGAAGAAAGGACUUCAAAAGCCCAAAACAAAUCCACGCUUGUCCCUUGGUACUUUCUGGAGAACUGAAAGGAAGAGACUUCUUAAGGAUUUUGUGAUAGAAAAGCUGCACAGAGAUCUUUUAAAGGGCAUGAAGACAUCUAGCAAGCAAGAUGAGGCCUGGAUCAUGAACCGUCUGAUAAAACAGCUCACAGACAUGGGCUUCCCUAGAGAGCCAGCGGAAGAGGCCUUGAAGAGCAACAAUAUGAAUCUCGAUCAGGCCAUGAGUGCUCUGCUGGAAAAGAAGGUGGAAAUGGACAAGCGUGGAAUGGGAGUGACCGACUAUAAUGGAAUGGUCACCAAACCCCUUGGCUGCCGCCCACCACCAAUCUCCAAAGAGUCUUCCAUGGACCGCCCCACCUUCCUUGACAAGCUCACCCUUUCUUUCUCCAAUCAGGAUGGCGGCCUAGUGGAAGAGCCCACUACUUCACCAUUUUUGCCUUCACCAAGCCUGAAGCUCCCCCUUUCAAACAGUGCACUCCCUAAUCAGACCCUGGGCGGGAUUGCCUCAGGGCUGGGCAUGCAAAACUUGAAUUCUUCUAGACAGAUACCGAGUGGCAAUCUGGGUAUGUUUGGCAAUAGCGGAGCAGCACAAGCCAGGACCAUGCAACAGCCGCAGCAACCGCCAGUGCAACCUCUUAAUUCAUCCCAGCCUAGUCUUCGUGCUCAAGUGCCUCAGUUUCUAUCCCCUCAGGUUCAAGCACAGCUUUUGCAGUUUGCAGCAAAAAACAUUGGUCUCAGCCCUGCACAGUUAACCUCGCCAAUUAAUAAUCCUCAGCAUAUGACGAUGUUGAACCAGCUCUAUCAGCUGCAGCUGGCGUACCAACGUUUACAAAUCCAGCAGCAGAUGUUACAGGCUCAGCGUAAUGUUUCCGGACCCAUGAGACAACAGGAGCAGCAAGUUGCACGUACAAUCAAUAACAUGCAGCAGCAGAUCCAGCAGCACCAGCGCCAGCUGGCCCAGGCCCUGCUUAUGAAGCAGCAGCCUCCCCCUCCACAUCUAUCUUUGCACCCCUCUGCAGGCAAAUCAGCCAUGGAUAGCUUUUCACCCCAUCCCCAGGCUCCCGGCCUUCCUGACCUGCAGACCAAAGAGCAACAGUCUUCACCGAACACCUUUGCUCCUUACCCUCUUGCUGGACUGAACCCGAACAUGAAUGUAAAUAACAUGGACAUUACUGGUGGUUUGUCAGUGAAGGACACUUCUCAGUCCCAGUCUCGCCUUCCUCAGUGGACACACCCCAACUCAAUGGAUAAUCUGUCUAGUGCUGCUUCUUCGCUUGACCAGAACUCCAGCAAGCACGGUGCUAUACCUGGAGGUUUAAGUAUUGGUCCUCCGGGGAAGUCCUCCAUUGAUGACUCUUACGGCCGGUACGAUCUGAUUCAAAACAGUGAAUCGCCUGCCAGUCCACCCGUAGCUGUUCCUCACAGCUGGUCACGUGCCAAAACCGAUAGUGAUAAAAUUUCCAAUGGCUCCAGCAUAAACUGGCCACCAGAGUUUCAUCCAGGAGUGCCAUGGAAAGGACUGCAGAAUAUUGAUCCUGAAAAUGACCCCGAUGUUACUCCUGGAAGUGUUCCAACUGGGCCUACCAUAAACACCACGAUACAGGAUGUUAAUCGCUAUCUUCUCAAGAGUGGAGGGUCAUCCCCAACAUCAUCUCAGAAUGCCACGCUGCCUUCAUCGAGUGCCUGGCCGCUUAGUGCCUCCGGCUACAGUAGCUCUUUCAGCAGCAUUGCAUCCGCACCUAGCAUUGCAGGAAAAUUGUCAGACAUCAAGUCUACGUGGUCCUCUGGCCCGAUCUCUCACACACAAGCCUCUCUGUCCCACGAACUAUGGAAGGUACCCAGAAACACUACUGCUCCGACGAGACCACCGCCAGGCUUAACCAACACCAAGCCAUCAUCCACGUGGGGUGCCAGUCCCCUGGGCUGGACCAGCUCCUACUCCUCCGGUUCUGCAUGGAGUACUGACAGCUCAGGGAGAACAAGCAGCUGGCUGGUUCUUCGAAACCUCACACCCCAGAUUGAUGGUUCCACACUGCGGACACUGUGUUUGCAACAUGGCCCUCUGAUAACAUUCCACUUGAACCUGACGCAAGGGAAUGCUGUGGUCCGAUACAGUUCAAAGGAAGAAGCAGCCAAGGCCCAAAAGUCUCUGCAUAUGUGUGUCCUGGGAAACACUACCAUCCUGGCCGAGUUUGCUGGCGAAGAAGAAGUGAACCGUUUCUUAGCGCAGGGCCAGGCGCUGCCGCCCACCUCCAGCUGGCAAUCCAACAGCGGCUCCGGCCAGACCCGCCUGGGCUCCUCCAGCAGCUCCCACGCUUUGGUGCGCAGCGACACCGGGCACUGGAACCCGCCCUGCCUGGGGGGCAAGGGGAGCAGCGACCUGCUGUGGGGGGGGGUCCCCCAGUACUCCAGCAGCCUCUGGGGACCCCCCAGCACCGACGACGGCAGAGUUAUCGGCAGCCCCACACCUUUGAAUACUCUUCUUCCGGGUGAUCUUCUCAGCGGGGAGUCCAUCUAGGAGAAAACAACAAAAGAGAGAAACAAAAUGGAAAUAACAAUCAUCAGCACUAAAGGAAAAUAAAAAUUGUAACCCUUUCCAGUCCUGGGCUUGAUGAAGAAAUCCAGCUUUAACCCAUCAGACUGGCAGCCCUUUUUUUUAGUACCUCUGUCCAGUAUCAAAAAUGAAACUGCAGAAGUCCUUGUGAACUGUUCAUGAAACAGUAUGGGCUACUCUUGGUCAGUGUCACAUGCUAAUGACAGGUUUUGUUGUUGUUUUUUUUUCAUGGCUUUUUGUUUUAUGUUGUCUUUUUAUGUUUGUAUGGUGAUUUUAAAAACCAAGUAUAAAAGCUGCUUAGAAUAGGUCUAUCAUGAAGGGCACUUUUCAGAAUUUGGGCUGGAAAGGGUUAUUUUAUCAACUUGGGGGUGGGGGGUGGGGGGAAGGGGAAAUGAAAGCCUAUUAAAAAUGAGCCUGUGACUAUUAUGCACAUUACCAGAGGCGGACCCAAUAAUCAGAAAGGGUGAAGUGAGAUAUUUACCAUUGGUACAGAAGUGACGAAUCUGGAUGGAAACUCUUGACUGUACAGGUUGAGCGGGGGAGGGAGGGCAGGGUGGGGUAUCUCUGUGUCCACUACUCCCAUGGAUCUGCCUAUGCACAUUACCCUUGUUUCAUUACUUUUUCAUGUCAUUUUUUUUAAAUCCCAAAAAAAAAAGAAAAAGUUUAAAAAAAACUUAAAAAAAAAAAAGGAAAAAUGACAAAAAAAUAUUAAAAAAAAAAACCACAAACAUAUCAACAUGCAAAUACUUGAAUCCAGCAGGCCAACGACAAAAUGUGAACACUUUCUAAGUCUAAUUAUUACACUUCCAGGUCAGCAUCAGUACACAAAAAACAGGCUCCAAGAAGUUUUUUUUAAAGUUCGGACUAUACGUUUUUGUUGGGAAAGGUGUAUGUGCGAGUGUGUGUGUGUGUGUGUGUGUGUGUGUGCGUGUGUGUGUGUGUGCCCACGUGUGGUUUAACUACAAGCGUGAAGUGUUUUCCUUUUAUUCAGUAUAUGCUUUUGAUUUGCUCAUUGGUCAAAUGUUUAAUUGUUAUUAGCUUCUAACUUUGCACUGAGUGUCCGCAGCCCUUCUUGUAGCUAAUCCUAUGAUGUUAAAAAGAAAACAAAAAGAAACUGAUAGAAGGGGCCGGCGACAAUUCACGUGUAAAUGUUUACUCAAGGACUCUUAUCGCAUUUUAAAAAUUACAGUGUGUAUCUCUGGAGAAUAAUAUGUAUAUCUACCUUUAGCGGCUUUUUAUUGUGGACUAAUGCAAGAAGAUUAUUACCGGAGUAUUGCACCAUUUUUCCAUUCGGAGUAUAAAGUUUAAAAACAAAAAUAACUCUUGUUGAACUGUGGCCAUAGAUAAUUGUAAAGAGCGGAUAGUUCCCCUGCAAGCAGGAACAGAAACAAGCACUUGGACAUAGGUUUUGACUGCUUUUGGAGGAGCCAGGAGUCUUGGCUCCCACCUGUUUACAGACCUUUUUUUUCUCCUUCAAACUUUAAAAUAAAAAAAGGAAUUAAAAAAUAAAAAAAAAAAA